AUGAUUGGAGAAAACCAAACAUCCGUCAUGGAAUUUUUUCUACUUGGCUUUGGGAACCUUCACAACUUCAAAGUUUUCUUCUUUGUCGUGUUCUUGAUCAUCUACAUUACGGCCUUCACAGGAAACCUUCUUGUUAUCAUAUUGGUUGCAACCAACCACAUCCUCCAUUCUCCCAUGUAUUUCUUCCUCAGCCAAUUGUCUUUGUCUGAGAUCUUGUUCACUACAAAUAUCAUCCCCAACAUGCUCCAUCUCAUACUUAAAGGGGGUAGUAAUAUGCCCAUCACCAAUUGUAUGAUCCAGUUUUAUCUCCUUUGUGUACCAACUAUAGCCCAAAGUUUGCUUCUAGCUGCCAUGUCCUUUGAUCGCUAUGCCGCCAUUUGCAAUCCUCUGCAUUAUAUGUCCAUUAUGACUUUCAAGCUGCAAAUUCGCAUUGCUAUUUACUGUUGGACCUCUGGAGUCUUGACAGGCCUUCUAGCUUUUGCAUUUUUACACCCAUUAGUAUUCUGUUUUGCCAAUGUUAUCAACCAUUUCUACUGUGAUAUUGCACCCAUCCUAGAACUUUCCUGCUCAGAUACUUCCGUGGUAGAACUGACUGUCUCCUUGACUUCCACAUUUGUAUUUCUUUCUCCAUUUGUCUUCAUUAUUGGCACUUACAUCUCUAUUCUCCGAACCAUCUUAAGAAUCCCCUCAAAAUGCGGGAGGAAAAAAGCCUUUUCUACCUGCAGCACCCACUUGUCUGUUGUGUGUGUGUAUUACGGCACGAUGACCGCCAUUUACCUAUAUUCACCUGGGCAACAUUCACUAAAUGUAAAUAAGUUUCUCUCCUUAUUGUACAUUGUGGUGACCCCAUUGUUCAACCCCAUCAUCUAUAGCCUGAGAAACAAGGACAUCAAAAGAGCCAUUCAGAAUUCUGUUAAUUAUUGGAAAGGCAGUUUAUUCACUUAG